GCCCCAGACCAUACAGACCCAGGAGCUGGACGCAGAGUGGGACACAGAGGGGGACGCAGGAAGCAAGACGACAAGUGAGAGAGGAAGGAGGAAAGAUCUGUCAGAGCCGGCUUCCCCAAGGACCCAGUGACUCCUCCCGAGCCCAGCAUCUCUCCAGAAACCCCUGCCCUAGGGGCUGCCAGGGCCCGCCAUCAUCUGAGAAGGAACCCCCACGACUCCAGAGCCAACAAGGAUGGCUGAGGGCAAGGUCCAGGAAGCCCCUGCAAUGACCUUCCCAAAGACUGGGGAAGACACACUGGCAUUGCCACCGCCCCCUGCCCAGGAUGAGUUGCCCCUUCCCCCACCCAAGGAGGCCUUCUCCAAGUUCUACCAGCAGCGACAGGCCAAUGAGCUCAGGAGGCUCUAUCGCCACAUCCACCCUGAGCUCCGCAAGAAUCUGGAGGAAGCCGUGGUCAAGGACUUAGCUGAAGUCCUGGAGGCCGAAGAGCCCACAGAAGGUGAUGUCCAAUCCAUGCGCUGGAUCUUUGAGAACUGGAGUCUGGACGCCAUUGGUGACCACCCGCCUCCUCAGAGGCUGACAGAUAGUGAGGCGGUACCUGCAGGGGAUGUGCGGGCCACAUCUAAAAAGUUCGAGGAUGGGUCCUUUAGCACCACAGACCAGGCACCAGCCAAACCAAGGCCAAUCCGCGGGGAUGUUCAGACAGUGCGGUGGCUGUUUGAGACCCAACCGAUGGACACACUGACUAGUCAGUCAGAUAUUCAGAAAGCUGUGCUCCGAGAGCCCCCACCCAGUGGAGACGUCCAGGGCACCAGGACCCUCUUUGAAACAAGGCCACUGGACAGCCUGGGCUGCCAAGCCUCUGCCCAGGAGCAAAGUCCCCUGCAGCUGCGCUCAGAGAUCCAAGAGCUAAAAGGGGAUGUAAAGAAGACAGUGAAACUCUUCCAGACUGAGCCCCUCUGUGCUAUUCAGGAUGCUGAGGGUGGCAUCCACGAGGUCAAGGCCGCAUGCCGGGAGGAGAUCCAGAGCACAGCAGUGAGGACGGCCCGGUGGCUGUUUGAGACCCAGCCGCUGGAUGCCAUCAAUCGGGACCCAAGCCAAGUCCGAGUGAUCAGGGGGAUCUCCCUGGAGGAGGCAGCCCGGCCUGACAUCAGCAAUACCCGCUGGCUCUUUGAGACCCAGCCACUUGAUGCUAUCCGAGAAGUUACGAUUGAUGAGAAGGACUUUCAGCCUUCCCCAGACCUCAUCCCCCCUGGCCCAGAUGUCCAACAACAGCGAAUGCUGUUUGAGACCCGGGCCUUGGACACACUGAAAGGUGAGGAGGCACCUGAAGAUGUCACAGCCAAGGAGGAGGUGAUCGGAGGGGAUGUGCGUUCUACCCUGUGGCUCUUCGAGACGCAGGCGCUGGGUACUCCCAGCAGUGAGGUCCAAGUAGGGCACCUGCAGCAGAUCAGGCAGCGAGAGAUUGAGAAGGGAGACUCAGAGAAUGCUGGCUUCAAGCUGGAGAAAUGCCCUGGCAAUGGAGCCUCCAAAGUGACACUCAGCCAGUUUCCUGCUGGAGAUAAGGAGGGAAAGGGAGAUGUGAAGGCUUUCAAAAAGCUGUUUGAGACUCUUCCCCUGGAUAGCAUUGGGCAGGAGAAGUCCCCUGUUCCUGCAGAUGAGAAUAAGCUGAAGGGAGUGAUGUCUGCUGGACAAGUGCAAGCCAGCCAGGCCUUGUUCGAAAAGUGGCCACUGUACGCCCUUCAGGAUGGCCAAGGUGGCCUCCAUGCUCUGACUUCAGUCAGCAGAGAGCAGGUGGUUGGUGGGGACGUUCAGGGCUCCAGGUGGAUGUUUGAGACACAGCCCCUGGACCGGCUGGGCCAGGAUCCAGAGAAGGUGGAUGUCAUCCGCGGCAUCACACGUCAGGAAGUCAUGGCCGGGGAUGUCAGCAGUGCACGUUGGCUUUUUGAGACUCAGCCCCUGGAGGUCAUCCACCAGCAGAAGAAGGAGAAAGAGGGAAAAGAGGAGGUGCCCCCAUCAGAGGUGCCCCCAAAGUGUAAUGUGCAGACCAUCCGCUGGCUUUUUGAGACACACCCCAUCCACGCUUUGGCCCAGGAGUCAAGGCCAGAGGUCACAGGCACCAGUCCUCAGGCUGAUGUCCGGUCAUACACAUGGAUGUUUGAGACCCAGCCCCGAGAGGGGCCAGAGGGCCCUGGGGAGCAGCACCUCCAGGUCAGACAGGCCUCCUCCCAGACCAAAGACCAAAAGAUGGAAGCUCACGUCUUUGAAACAGAGCCCCUGCACUCCCCUCACGAUCUCAGGGGAAAGGACCCUGUCCAUUACUGCAGCCGGGUGGAGAUUCCAGUAGGGCAGGUCUCACGAAGGAAGGAGGCCUUUGAGGCCCCAGUUGUGACCGAAGGCCAGAAAGAACAGCCAGGGUCUGUGGCUCCUGAGCCUGUAGUGGGAGGCUCGGUCCGCAAAUUCACGUGGCUCUUUGAGAACUGUCCAAUGGAUAGCUUAGAGAAGGUAGUGACUGGGGGCAUCCAGGAGAUGCCCCCAGAGAAGGACGUUGCUGCCACUGCCACAUCAGGAAAGAGGUUUGUCUUCGAGACCUGCUCCCUGGGGGAAUUCCCAGAUGAUGUUGAUGAGAGUGAGCUGCAGAGAAUUGAGAAGAAGGCCCUGGCUGGAGGUUCCAGCUCCUCCCAGACUCUCCGCUUUGAGAGCCAGCCUUUGUAUGUGCUGCCAGACCGCCAGGGCCAGCUCCAUGAAGUCACAGCAGUGAAGAAAGAAGAAGUACGGAAGGCAGACACCUGUGGCGCCCGCUGGAUCUUUGAGACCAGGCCAUUGACCCAAAGACUGGGAGAUGGAGAAGAAAUAUUUGUCAUCCGAGCUGUGACCCAGGAGGACAUCUGUCAAGGAGAGCUCAAAGCCGCACGUUGGAAGUUUGAGACAGAGCCCCUGGAGCUGGCAGAGAGCAUCAGGAAGGGCAAGCCUGGCCCCCAGAUGGCCAAGGGAGAGCCCACAGGCAGGGCCCUACAGUACGUGCGGACAGUGAGCAUGAGCGAUGUGCAGCAAGGGAACGUCCGCACCUCCACCUGGCUCUUUGAGAACCGGCCCUUGGACUCCCUGAAGGGCAAUGAGUUAGAAGGUAACGCAGAGGCUUCUGCCACCCCCGAGCCUGCUCUGGCUGUGCAGAGGCAGGACAGUCGCCGAGGGGAUGUCAAACGCUGUACCUGGCUCUUUGAGACCCAGCCCCUGGACCGGCUCCAGGAGCCGGCACCCCAGGAGGAGGUGCCCAAGGAGAAGCUGCCUCGGGCGGAUGUGAAGAGCACCACGUGGCUCUUUGAGAGCACCCCCCUGGACCAGCUCCAUGACCCCAUGCCCCAGGUGGAGCGACCCCGGGAGCAGGUGCCCCAGGCAGAUGUGAAGGGCACCACUCGCCUGUUUGAGAGCAAGCCCCUGGAUCACCUGAAUGCCCAGCAGGAUGGAGAGCCAGAGCAGAAGGAGACAUCAGCAGGGGAGACCCUGACAAUGCUACACAGCACCCCUGGGGUCCUGCAAAGGGGAGGCAUCCUCAUCGAAGCCCACACAGCCCGGACGGUCCGAAUGGCCAAAUACCAGCUGUCCAGCCCUGGCAAGGAGCAGCCUCAGGUGCAAAAGGAGGAGGUGGUCCUGGGUGAGCUUCCAAGAAUUCUGCGACGAGUGAUCCAAGGGCCAGACGUGGCCCCUCAGGGGCUUCUGGUGCAGGAAGAUGAGACAGGCCUCAUGAAGCUGGAGCCACUGACGCUCUCAGCCCUCACAGAUAGCUGUGGACACAAGGUCUGGGACCUGCUGGCCUGGAGCCAUAUGGCUGGUGGAACCAGAAGGGGACUGGUGAUCCAAGAGACUGAGCAGGGCCUGGUGAAGCUGCUUGUCUACUCAUUCCGGCUCCGGCUGGGGUCCCAGGCAGCCAGUGGGAUGGCAGAAAGGGGCAGCGUCCAGCUCUUAGCUAGCUGUAUCGAGAAGGGGGACCUGGAUUCCCUGAAGAGCUUGCAGUGGGAGCCACCAGCAGAGAACCAUGGUCCAGCUGAGGGGACAGCCACCCCAAGCCAAACCCCGCUGACAGCGUCUUCAGUGAAGAAGGUCAUCCAUGUGGCCUUGCCAGAAGGUGGGAUAGGGUGUCCGAAGAGCAUGGGACCCACUUCCACCAAUCUCCUGACCAAGGAGGCUUGGGUCUCCCCAGUGACCCCCGGAGACCUACAGGGAGCCCCAUCUGUGACCCAAGGGGUGCCGGGCCCAGACCUCCAGGUGGCCAUGCAGAAUCUCCGUCAAGCCACAGCUGAGGCCCAGACCCUCCAACACCAAGUGCAAAGCAAACACAAGCCAAGGGAUGCCAGCCCAGCACAGGAGCCUGCCCCACAGAGCAGUCCUGCCCCCAGGAUCUCCAGGGUGGUGAUGCCUGACAUCCAAAUGACCUCCAUGGUCCGCAGCAAGCUGCUGUAACUGGACCCGAGUUAUCACCCUCCCCUGGCCCUGAAGACAACGCUCUUUCCUGUGCUCCAACCCCUCAGAAGCCCUAUGUUCACCUCCUCAAUCCUGUCUCUGGCCAGAGACACCCGGAGAGACCAGAGGUAGGGUCCUCCAAACAAGAGACUACAGUGAUGGUCACCAGGAAGAAGCCCACUCUACCCCCCAAACCUGCACACCUUGGAGGUCCAGCCCAGAUCCUUCCCCCCAAACAACCAGCCCUCCUCACCAGCCCAGUCAUCACUGGAGCUCCAGGGGAGGUCCAGUCUCUGACCCCACCACGCCAAACAAGUGGACAUCCAGAUGGCCACCUCAGUGGAAGGCAGCCCCCCAGCCUGGUCACUUCUACCUCCAAGACCUCUGAGAAGGAGGCUGUGGUCAACAGUGUCCAGGCCAUGGGUCCAAGAAGGUCCCCCUGCACCCCAGCUACACUCAAGGAUGAUCCUGCCCCAUUGCAGGCGCCAAGAAGGCUUCCUAGGCAGGAGUCACACCCACAGCCCGAGGCCGAUCAGCAGAAACUUCGGGAAGAGAUCCCCCAGGGACACGUGCAGGGAGCCAAAGAGAUCUUUGAAAACCUGAAAAAGCAGCAGGAACUCCAGGCCAUCCUGAGCCGUGUGAAGGCCAUCGAGGAGGAUGCUGUGCGUGGGGUGGACGUGAAGGCCCUCCAGAGCCUCUUUGAGGCUGUUCCUGAGUGGGUGGGGAAAAGGCCCCAGACUCCAGACCCCAGGGAGGCCUGUCCUGGGCAGGUCUUGACUCCAGGCCCCAAGGGGGUAUCCUCGGUGGAGCUGGCCUUUGGAGACCUGGCCCGGGCUAGUGCUGAAGUGGCCUGCCUGAAGGAGCAGACCCUGGCCCGGCUGCUGGACAUCGAGAAAGCUAUUCGUAAGGCCCUCAGCUCUGUGUCCAGCCUCAAGCCAGAGGCCGACAUUGCGGCCCUCUCGGGCAUCCUCCAAGAGUCACUAGGGGAAGAACCUUCAACCCCAGCUCCAAGGGAAAGCAGCAUUGCCAAGGUCAGCAUUCAGUCCAGUAGUAGGGUCAAAUCACAGCAGACUGGGCCAGAGGGCAGGGAGCAAGCUGAGCUCAAGAGUCAGGCUGAGGCCAAGGCUCCAGAAAAGGCCCAGGACCUCCCUAAAGUGGAAAGUCAAGCCUUGGCAAAAUCCCAGCCCAGAGGACUGUCUGAGAACCUGAGAACAGAGCUGGGCAUCCCCAGAGUCCUGCCUUCCCGUGUGAAUUCACCCUCCUCGCCAUCCUUCAUCACCAUUGAGUCGGCAGCCAGGAAGCCAGCGGAGCCUCCCAGCCCUGGGGACAGCCCUGACAUCUCCCACCUGUCCCAGGACAUUGCCCACUCUUUGCCCCCAGAAGGCAUCCCAGCCGAUCGAGGUCACAGGGAGGCAAGGCAGGGCCUCAGCCAGUCUGAGCCAAGCCCUGGGGCCAGUCCCCUGUUCCCUAGGAGGCAGAAAAGCAUCUUAGAGCUGCAGACAGGCCCACGGGGCUCCCAGUUAUAUGGAGCAACAAGGACGGUGACAGAGCAAUACGAGGAAAUGGACCCAUUUGGGAACAAGAUCAUCACGUCGUCCACCACAGUCACAAAGCAGGCCGACAGCCCGGCCAGUAGGGGCCAUGGUUAUGAAGUGAGCACCUCCCCUCUGCUCCGCCGCUACCUGCAGAGCUCCUCCAGGGCCAAUGGGACCCUGCAUGAGGCUGGCAUGGUAUGCGUGACCUUUGGGAACUCCCGGCCCACCACCAACUGAAGCCUCCUCCAUGCCUCCUCUCAAGAAAAGAGUUCUGCACCCCACUCUGCCCAAGGGGAGCACCCCAGGCCACUUGGGGGUGUCCAGCAGUCACCCCAUGCCUUGCCCUCAGCUCCCACCUCCUGAGGGAUUGAGGUUAAUGUCCAUGAUGGGCAGAGGCCAAAGACCAAAGAGAAAAGUUCAUUUUUGUCUGUUAUUUGAUAUUCUGUCUUUCCUCUUCCUUCCAUAGUUCUGUUUAACUCUGCUAGACAGGGGGAGAGGGAAGAGGUCAGGAAAGGCUCUCUAUAGGGUGAGACGCUCCCUCUGGACAGUCCACUUUACACACACACACACACACACACACACACACACACAUGCUGACAUACAUAAACCCAGGUAUUCUUCCAGACACAACCCCAUCAAGAUGUCAAUGCACACACGUUCCCAUAAACUCACAUAAAUGUCCACGUAGUCCUAUCACACACGCACCCUCCGAAGGGUACCCCCCAACAUACCCACACCUAGAUGUCCUUUGUAUUUCCUUCACCUCCCUGCCCCGGAAGCCCCACUUAAUUCCAAAGUCCCAGACUGUUCUCCUCCCCCCACCCCGGAAAAGGGGGUGAGAGGAGUGGUAGGGCCACCGAGGUUGGAUCUCUCUGCUCUGGGGUCAGCUCUGCUUUGCCUGACUCUUCAGGCUUCAGGAGGCCUGAACACCCACCACCCUCUCCAUCAUCUCAGCCUUCCCCAAACCGAAAUUCUCCAGAUCCUCUCCCACCCCACUCUCCAUGCUGUAAUGCCCCUUUUCUUACUCUUUAUAAACAAGUUUUGUAUAUCA